CGCAAAAAGAGCUUGCUGAUAUUUUAUCUCCCUCGUAAAUUCUGGACGUAGGCCGAUUGACAACAAAAAGCACUAACUGUGCGAUCAUUGUUUUUAAUGUUUGUAGGUAAUUUUGUCUUCAAAACUGGGGGCCUGCAAUUGUAAAUUACACCGUGGCGGAAAAAAUAUGAAGAGGAGAAAUGCCGAUUCUGGCAAAAUGCGGCGCCCCUUAAAGCGGACAAAAAUCACCGAGGGAAUGUAUGGAAAUUCCCUACUGUACCUGAGAUUUGUAAUGGUCUGGGCUACAGUGGUGAUGGCAGAUUACAUGCUGGAGUUCAGGUUCGAGUUCCUCUGGCCCUUCUGGAUGAUGCUCCGAUCCGCCUAUGAUUCAUUUAAAUAUCAGGGACUUGCAUUCUCAGUAUUCUUCCUGUGCAUAGCUUUAACAUCGGACAUGAUAUGUUACUUCUUCAUACCUCUGCAGUAUAUAUUCUUUGCAGCAAGUACCUAUGUGUGGGUACAAUAUGUUUGGGUCACAUUGGGCGAGAAAGGCAUCUGUGUGCCGACUGUGGCGAUCUGCUGCGCGGUGGUGUACGUGGAGGGCGCGCUGCGGGCGGCGCGCGAGCUGGAGCUGUGCCGGCCGCUGGCGGCGCACUGCGUCGGCUACCCGGCCGUCUCGCUGGGCUUCGGUGUCAAGGCGUACGUCGGUCGUCGCCUGCGCAUGCGCACCCAGCGACAGGUGCGCGCACAGAACGAGUUCUACUUCCAGCUGCUGAGGGACGCGCUGCCCGAGAGUGCGCUAGAGCAGACGUGUAAGGAGGAGCGCAAUGUGGGUAACGGCACAGCGGAGUGCGUGGAGGCGCGGCCGUUGAAUGGGUCGUUGCGGCGCCGCUGCGGCCGAGAGAAUGGCCUCGGCCCGCCACCGCACACGCCACCAAACACGCACUCCACCGAACACGCACAUCUACAGUUUAAGUUAGAGAAGUUAGAGAAGCAUUUAGCUCAACAGACGGCGACGCGAGAGCGCGAGAAGUCACAGUCGAGCACGAGCACGCACACGCCGCCGCACGCGCACGUACACACGGGCGCAGGCGCGCUCGCGAGCACGUUCGCGCACGCGCUCAGCAACGGGUCUGCGGGCGGGGCCGGAGCGUCCGCCCCCGAGGAGCGACACGAACAUAAUAAAGGUAGUGCCAAGUCAUCAAAGUGCGAGAAGAAAGAGGCUAGUACUUUAAGAGAAGAGAGAAGAAAACAUAAAAAUAGAGAUAAAGAUAAGGAGAAGGAGAACAAUGAUAGUCAUAAGAGUACAGAACACACAAAAGAACAAAUAGUUAAGGAUGUAGAAAGUACAAAAGAAAAUGUAAAAAGUAAUAAAGAUAGUAGCAGUUAUAAGGAAAAAGAGAAAGAGAAAGAAAGAGAGAGGGAGAGGGAGCGCGAAUAUAGAGAAAAAGAGAAAGAGCGCGAGAAAGAAAGAGAACGCGAACAGCGGUCUGCACGCGAGUGUACCGAGGAGCUGAGACGUGCACGCGCAGAGCUCGCGCUGGCGAGGUCCGGGGAGGCGGAGGCACGACGCGCGCUCGCAGCCUCCGCCGCAGCAGAGAGGCAGCGCCGCGCAGAGCACGCACAGCUCCGGCAGGCGCAUCUCGCGCUGCAGCAAAAGAUGACAACAUGGCGUGGCGGAGAGCGCGUUGCGCUGGAGCGGCGGCUGUCGGAGGAGCGUCGCGCGCGUGCUGCUGCAGAGCACCAGCUGCUGCGCGCACGACAGGCUGCACGCACGCCCAGUGGUGAAUGUGAGAACGAGUGGUGCAAGUCUAUGAAGAGCGCUGCGGAGGCGGAGACGGCGGCGCUGCGACUUGAACUGCAGCAGGCGCGCGCACAGGUCGCGCAGCUGCAGCGGGACCUGCAGCAGGCCGGCGAUCAGGUGCGGGCACUGGAGGCGCGGCAGGAGGAGAACGAGUCUCCGGCGCUGCGGCUGGCGGAGGCGUGGGCGGCGCUGCAGGAGCGCGCGGCGCACCUCGAGCGCUCGCUGUCCGCGGAGACUCGCGUCAAGCUCGACCUGCUCUCCGCGCUCGGUGACGCCAAGAGACAGCUGCACAUACGCGAAGACACAGUGUCGAGACAAGAGAAGGAACUGGAAGAGUUGAAAGCGCAGAUGCUGGCGGUGAUGCCGGCGGAGUACAUGACGCCCCUCGCCAGCGGCAGAUCCAAGCUGCGGUUGUCCGACGGUUCCCCUCUCGACCCCAAUGCCUCCGUGUACACGCCCAAGCAGCUCGUGUCCGACGCCUAAGCCCCGCCCACGCCCCGGCCGAGCCACGCCCCCACGUCACCCGGCCCCGCCCAUUCCACACCGGGUACAGGUACAAGCUCCACGAACGAACCCACAAUAUCGAUGUUUGUAAGGACUAUCUUAUGAUCUCAAUUACUUUUAUCUACAUACAGUCUUCAUCACGACGUCCAUACAAACAUCGGUAUUGACAAUCCCAGGCGACUAUAUCAGAGUGUUUAUUUUUUCAUCUAUGAAACAUUUGGAUUAACUUUGUGAUACAUAUUAACUCGGAAAUGGUUUGUUGCUUGAUGAAAUUUUGGAAAUGUUAGAUUAAUUUGAAAAACGCACAUGAUUGCUUUGAAACUGAAA